GACGACAUCUGCUAUUUGGAGAAUAUUUGCGGAAAUGAUAUCCCUUUAUCCCCUAAAAGUGCCGAUAAACACACACUAUCGAAGAUGAACUUAACAUCGAUGGAGGUAAGCAUGUUUUAGCUUAUUUUACAUUGAAUGAAUUAAAACAGGAGCCCAUCAAAUGGAGCCUCCAUCUCCAUUAAUUUCUUGAGUCAACCCUUUCCCGAGUAGAUUUAUAAAUAGAACGGCUUGUUUCCCGCGAAAAGUGUCAUAUUUCCGUGAGUCUCGUAUGUCACCGUGAAAAAAAUGAAGUUGAAUGGAGUCGAACUCAUAAGCCCGUCCUUCGACCGUUUUCCUUUUUUACUAUACGUCCAUUUUUACAAUUUUACAGCUGUUGGGAUCUGGGUAUCAUGAAAUAAAAGUUAAUGAAUUACCCGACUGAGACUGAGCAUGAAGCGAUGGGACAAAGGCAGCGAACUGAGGGUCACGGAAAGGUUAUCAUUGCGAGUGUUUUUUUUUUUUUGCCGCUUUACAUCCCACAUUUAAGCAUGCACCUUGAAAAGAGUCGAUGAUUAAGCGUUCUGUGGACGAUUUGGAACUUUUAGAUGAUCAGCACCGAAAAAGUGCCAGGAUCAUUUGAUUUUUGUCAUCCCCGUGGAGUGGAUUUCGCCAGUUAAGCACCGCGUGAAAAAGCGAUGACCUAAGUAGCAACUAACGAGGGAUGCUUCAGUUCCGAAAUUUGCGAAAUUGCAGUCUUCCUUUACAACUGACUUGUAUCACCAUGAGAGUUGCCUGAUAAAACUUGCACUUGCAAAGUUGAACAGAAGACAACAGUUGCUCGACCGUGAAUAAUUUACUAACGGAGGAAUUUGUGACAUCGCGCUCCAGUCCAAAGACCCACUUAUCUCAAGAAAAACAAAAUGGAUUGUAUCUGCGCCAAAAGAAUCAUGACUGACUAACUGGACAAUUCUCAGCAGUUAAUGCAGAAGUUUAGGCUUAAUUUUUUCCUCCGAAUUCGCAUCUGUGGAUCACUUUUUUGCGAGAAAACAAUGGCUGGGCCCGGCGUUACAAAACAUAGCAGGGAAUCAUCACACUAGCUGACGGACAAAACAACCACAAGGACUACAAGUAUUUUUUUAGAUAAACGCAUUUCGGAAAAAAAAAGGCUUGAAAAACUAGAAAUUUGAUUAAUAUUGAGUCAUUUCAGUCAUUUAGCCGAAAUAAGAACCUUAACGCUCAAAAAAAUUGACUAAAGAAAACGAAUCCUGUCAGAACUACAGACUGCAGGUAGUAGUUAAUCAUUAUGCAUGUAACAGACCAGCUUCAUAGCCUCUAACUGUGAGACAAGCAACCGAAAUGAAGAUUAACAUUGUCAGAGUGUAAAACUCUCCACAGUAUAAUCUACCCACUAGAAAGAAAAGAAAGAAAAUCUCUGAGAGAUGAAAACGCUAAAGUCACGUUUCACUAGCUUAUGAUUGUGUUUGGCCUGUCAACACCGAAUUUCCUGCUGUUCGAUGAAGUACAAUAGCAGUGUCAUUUCGUUGUUGUGAUUGGUUCUUCCCUCCGUCGGCGCGCGAAGUCUCCCCUGGGAACCGUUCUAAUUAUAAAUCUACUCGGGAAAGGGUUGGCUCCAAGGGCAUGUAUGGGAGAUGGAGGCUCCAUUUAAUGGGCUCCUGAUUAAAACAAUUAUUGAAUUUCAUUUUGGCUUUCGUAUCACCUGAAGAAUUAUGGAGAUCUCGAUCUUUCUACUUGGCUCAAGUCAUCAUAGCCAGCAAACGUUGAAAAAAAUUAAAUUUGGAAUACUGGCGAGAUCGGAUAAAAUUACGUCAAUACAGUCUACAAGAUAAACGCCUGAAACUGAGGGACCGCAACCAACAAGCGCUGGGGACUAGUUUGAUUUGUACAACUGUAGAAAAUGGCUGAAAAGUUUACACGUUUCGCCAGGAAAAUGUACGCAAGAAAACAUCAAAUACAACUCGAAGUGUGCUGUUUGAAGAAUAUCUUCAAGACUAAACUUCUUUUUAAUUUGUAUACUGGAUUUGUCGAGAAAGAGGUAAAUUAAAUGAAGACGGUGAAUAAGCAUCGAUCGAGAAACUGUCUUGAAUGGAUAAUAAAACAACGAUUGGAUUCGUUUGUCGUAUGGUCAGAAGAAUUAUGCAGAUCGAGUUUCAUCCUACGAUGCAUAUUUUCACGAAAAAUGUUAGUAAAAUCGGCAUAACCCGGAAUCUAAAUAGAAUACGUCCUGCUGAGAUUUCUAACAUACAUGAAAAUGAAAACUUGAUUAUGCUGCGUGCAUUUGUGUGAAUCGACAAAAUUUAAUAAGUUUCAAUAAGCAUUUUGACCUUUGAUACUACUUUGUAUACAGAAAGUAGAUGCUGACAGUCCCCGUUUUACAAGCAUUUUACGCAGCACACUGAUGUACAGUGGCUAAUUAUGAAAGUCAAUAGUUUUGUAUCGGUAUUCUUAUUCAGAUCAGUGGCCUAUUACCGCAAUGAACAAGUAAUUACUUUACCUUAAAAUGCUAAUAUUUGUAAAUGUACCUUCUUUUAAAACUUGAUGACUAGCCUUUUGUCUAUUUUUCUUAAAGAAUAUUUCUGCUGUACCAGUAGGAAAUUCAAAUAAUUAAUAAGACAUAAUAAACUGCUACACAACUGAACUGCAAAGCAGCGAUUUCAACUAUUCCUACUUGCUGGUACAAUUAAAAUGCUGACAACGGCUAAACCUGUCUUGUAUAGUUUUUAUAUUCAGUAAAUGUUUUGAACCUAGGAGUAAUGCUAUAACUAAAUUGUAACGAUCAAGGUCAUCUAAGAGGGUGUAGUCCCCAACAGGAAUGUUGUGGACAGUCACAGGGCCACCGAGGUUUAGACAACCUGUGCGGUAGAAAUCUCCAUAGUCAAACUUAGUUGUAUCUACGUUUAUUUGUUAUUGACCUAAUUGGAUGGCCAAGUCUUCAAUUGAGUUAAAUUGUUUGAUUCUGUGUUUAGUUAUGCCAUUUCAGUGAUUUUUUUUAGUAUGCAUCUACUUUACCCCAAAAAUACCAUAUUUUCCAUCUCCAUAGUGCCAUAAUAUUUCCAUAAUAUUGGAUCAACUUUGAUUCAUAAGUAACUCAAUGUCUCUGUUAUUGUUUCAGUAUUAUCGAGGGACCACGCAAUGUUCAUUGCUUCAUGAUAACACGUUCUGAGCCGAAAUCACGGAAAUUCAGCUAACGUAUAUAUAAACAAAAAUCGUGUCCAUUAAAGGCUAGGACUAGCUGACGUCAGAUCCAGAUGAGCCAGUACACUCAAUAGUUGUUAAAAGUUUAUUUUAUAACUUAACUUUGAAACAAUAUCACCGUGCAACUCUGAUGCGACAUUUAUCUUGAUAUGUAAAACCUCGCAACUUGUUCUUCUCUUUAGGUCAUGCAUGCGAGUGAGAAAACGAUUUCCUUUUUCAUCGAGAAAGGAAAUAUUAUUAUAAAAGUUGGAUUUGAUUUGCUCUUGUUCUAGCGAGCCAAUAAGCCAUUUCCGAGUUCCCCAGGCCUCUUUUUCAAAACGAGGGUAGGUGCAUGCUCACCCUUUGAUAUGGAAAUCAUUUUUCAUUCUCAUGCAAAUAAAACUCAUUUUUACAAGAAACGUUGUGCACUUAGGGCCAGUUCAGACGUCGUGCUUCUGCCGUGCAGAACUAAAUUCAGGGAUUAAGUUCGACAAAAGCACGGCAGAUGCACAGCGUGUGAAUCAAACUUUUGAAUUAAGUUCGGAAAGCAAUUAAGUUCAACAAGCGCUGCCGUGCUACACGGCUCUGGCGCGCAAGCGAUUCAAACGUCGUGCUUCUGCCGCGCUAAGCAAAAUUCAUACAUUAUAUUAACGUAUUUUGGCGAGAUUGCGUUCCCACGGGGAGUUAGAAGGGGAAUUGUUACGAGGCAUCAGUAAAUCCUGAAUUUGGUUCGACUCUGGCACGACGUCUGAAUCAAAGUUGUUCUCCUGCCGUGCUACAGUCGAACCGAAUUAAAAUUAAGUUCGGCACGGCAGAAGCACGACGUCUGAACUGGGCCUUAGAAAUUGAGGGUUUUUGGAACUCGGAAGUGCCAUGGCGCUCAUCCGCACAAAUCUCUUUUGAUUAAGUAAUAUUAAUAUUUUGAUUUAUCAUAAGUUUAAGAUAACGCAGUUUAUCCCAGUUGUCGCGUAUGUGUAUCACGUUGUGUAUGUACUAUAGAUGUAUACACAGCUGUAUACAUGGAGAGAUGUGUCAUGAAAAGUCGAAUAACCGUUAACAUACAAACCACCCGCGCAAUUAAAAACAGAGGCUACAUCCCCCAGUCCACAGCUUAGUCUUUGUGACAUACUAUUGUUUCGAAGAUCUGUUGUGAAUUUCAUCUCUUAUAUGUGAACCUCGGUCAUUUGAUAUUGCACGUGGAAAAAGAGGCUAAUUGAAUGAGUUAUGAAGCAAUAGACUAUGACCAUAAGUCAUGAGUACCUCUCCAUUUUUCCUACGAACUUAAACUUAACUAUGUUCUUUUUCUUUUUCUUUCUUUGCACACUUUCUCUUUCCUAAGUAAAAAAAGUCUUGAGUUGAAAAAGUAAAAAACUCAAGACUGGAACAAGAGAGGUCAGCUAUAUUAGAACUUUUGUAUGGCAUUCUGUUGAAAAUAGAAUGUGAAACUAUAGUCCAAAAUAGAUUUUCCUUUUCAGUGGCCAUUUACAUCACUUGAUAUAUAUUAGGUGUUUCUAUUCCUGUACAAAAGUGUGGACUUGAAUUCCUGUUGUUUAGAGAGUUAAUUUACUCCACCGGACUCGACCGUCUUCCCUUUGUUUGUAUCAAUUUGGACAAGAAACUGACUGGUGAGAAUUAAUUCUUCACAGUUCUAAUUAGUCAGUCUUGACAAGUCUUGGUCUUUAGAAUCUUUCUAGCUUGGGGGUUGUUGGGUUCGCUUGUAAUUAGCUAUGGUAUCCAUUUUUAAAUGUAUAAUUGAUUCUUAAUUAUUUUAUAAAGCUUCCGCAUUAUCAGGGAAAGUGAAUCUUCUGUUAGUUCUGCCACAGGACAGUUGACUUAGAUCCGGCCUUUCGAAGCUUAGAAAAAGGAAAUACCUGUACUUUUUCUAUUCCACUUCUUUUAAACUUAAUUGAUUAGAAUAUUGAAUUUAUACUUGGCGAAGACCUCAGUCGAUAAUUAUAGCCAUAAUAUCAUAUCGAACAACCAUGAAAACAGUAUUAGAACAAUAAGCAGCAGUAGUGAUUGGAAUUCUCUUAUACCAAUAUCUUUAAUUUAAUAGAAUGUCAGAGUGCCGAUUUCAGUUCAACAGCUGAAGUGUCAGAAGUAUAACAUCUCUUUCUUUUUUACAUAAAAUACAUUGAAAAAAAUCAUUUUUUGAACUUAAAUUAAAGUCAUCACAAGAUGAUUCAAAUUAGCCAUAUGGAGAGUCACUCGCCGUUUGGCCCGAUGCUUAUAAGUGUAAAGUCUUGGCUGCGUUUGAAUGUCUAAUAUUUCAAAACUUACUGAAAACUUCACCGCCUGCAAGAACGAGGAUCACUAAAAACAUCUUGGUCAAAAGGUGCGUUUUAAAAUACAUUUUUGUUCGUCCAAACUUUCUCUCAGAUUGUUACCAGAAAAAAAAAUGUAUGGUUACUUUAUAGAUCUUUGUUUGCCAAGACCUGGAAUGAUAUCAAAGCGAAAGUGUGACCAACUGGUCAGAGAUUUUUUUGCAAUGCCAGAGUCAACAUGGCUUAAAAACUCUUUACACAGUGAUGGCGGCUCUACGAGGAAAUAAAUUAUUCUAGUCUGGAACAAUGAACAAACUCUCAACGUACUAUGAACAAUCAAGUGCCAAUUUAAUUUUCUUAUCAAGAUGAUCAGUUCCUGCCAGUCACGGCAACUUCAUUUUCACUUCCCAAUUUUACUUCAUCUUUUGUUUUUGAGACAAAUUACCACACGUCAGCUUAUGAUUCUCAAAAUUUUAAGAAAAAGUCAUUCUUAUUAUUGUGGAAUAUAAUGAUUUACUUAUUUACCUCUUAAUAGCUGUGACUCUAUUACAAACAAAUAGGAUUCCUCCCUAUCCCUUUGGCCUAACCGCAAGAAAUCAUGAAGGUAUGUUGAGUUUAUCUUAUUUAAACUGUCUCAAUAUAUAUUAGGUCAUUCAAUCUGCAGCUGAUUUACACCACUAACAACCCCUGACUAAUACAGUUAAGAGUCAAGAAACACGCGAGGGUGUGUUUAUGACGAGUUGAUCAUUACGUGGGGUGGCAAAUAAAUAAGCGAUGUUAGACUCUCUCUCGCAAUAUCAUUUGAACUCACGAAAAUAAGAGCCUUUAUGUAAUGCAUGCCAUAUCUGACGUGAAGAAAGUGAAAACGUGGCCAGGUACGAAUGUUAUGUGAUCGUCAUGACUAACACAAAGCUCGACUUUGGGGGUGACGCACCGAUCAGCGGUCGAACUUAUUUCAAUCGUGCCAGUCCUAAAGGAGAUCCAGGAAUAUGAAUUGAAUGAGGCGUUGUAUAAUGGGCUCUUUGCAGAAUGAAACGGUCACAUGGUACAAAAUACACCUAACUGGAUGAAAAACGACGCAGUGGAACCUUGAAAGAAAAGAAUAUUAGCUUUUUGAAUGGUGUAAUCUCUUUAGUUUUCUUGCCCUUCUGCGUCAGUCGUUUGCUAUCAAGCGUUACAAAGAUACAGUACUUGAAUUUAAUGGCAUUCGUGUAGACUUUCGUGACGCCGGUUAAGUAAGUUUAAAAUUGUCUCGUGUCUUUUUUAAAGCAUCCUCCUAACUUAUUCUUUCAGCCUAGAGCAUUCAGUCCUGUAAGAAUCUUUCUUCUAAUUGCGAGCCUCAUCGUGGUAUACAGUGCUAGUUUUCAUCCAGGUGGAAUUAAAGAUGGAGAAAAAAAGAUGAAAAAUAAAGUCAAAAACGAGCCACGAAGUACUGUUCGUGGAGUAUCAAAAGGCUGGAUAGCUCACGUGCGACGUACGCGGACUAGGAGAAAAUACAAACAUCGAAGUAGGAAUCCAACAACAAAUCCCCCUACAAGGAUCACUAAUAUACCAUCGUUAGGAAAGAAAAUCUGUCGGAACCACACAAGGGUUUCUCGAAUUCAAGACGAGCCUGGACCAGUCGUAUGCUUGCGAAGAACAUCCGAAGAGCUACUGAAACAACUAGAAUCUGCUGGAGGGUUUUUAAAAAGAUAUGUGGCAGUGAACAAAUCAGAUGCAGCCAAGUUUGAAGAUUUGACAACUUUUCAAAACGAAGAAACAAAUACUCCAAAGAAAUCGAAAAAGCUACGUUUUUCAAGCAAAUCUCAAGCAACAAAAUUUAAAUCAGAUUUGCUUCAUCAAAGGGAUGGCCCCACCAGCUCCCCUACCGGCACUGAAAUUCGUCAGUGCGAAGGUCGAGGCACAAAAGUAUAUGAAACUAAUCUUCAUCGAUUAUGCACCGAAUGUUCGGCAACCACGAAUCUCGGCAAAGACAAAUUCCCCAGAUACAUAAAUGAAGUAAUUUGUGACGACGCAGACCAUCAAUGCGCCGCAAAGAUGGGGUUAUGCUUCCAGCGGACAUUGCAUUUAUCGUUUUUGAGAUUUCAAGGCGAGUUUGUGGAAGACAAACUGUUAAGCAUCGUUGUGGGAAAAACUGUUUACAAAGAAGUGUGGGAGUCAUACGCUCAGGAACUAAGGUCUUGCUGUGAGUGUGAGAUGUAUCCUUGGAUUUAUAACCGAAUCGCUUCAAAAGAUGGUGGAGACUCUGACGCUCAAUCCGAUGAGGAGGACUCCGAAGCAGGUGAUGAAGAAGAAUUCGAGACAGAUGAUGUCGACGAUGAUGAUUCAUUUAUGAGCAAAGAUGUUUGA